AUGGUUGCUCGACCGUCGAUCGUGACGAGGAUCCGAGAGGCACAGGACCGCCAGAAGAGUUAUGCUGAUCGGAGACGCAGACCACUAGAGUUCUCUGUGGGCGACCAUGUAUUUCUGCGAGUUUCACCCACGAAAGGGGUGAAGAGAUUUGGCCUCAGGGGUAAGCUAGCUCCGCGGUAUAUUGGUCCUUUCGAGAUACUGGAGAGGAUCGGAGCAGUAGCUUACCGACUGGCACUACCACCGUCCCUGUCAGGCGUGCACGAUGUAUUUCAUGUAUCCAUGCUGAGGAGAUAUGUACCCGACCCGACGCAUGUACUGGCUGAUAUUCCAGUUCCAGUUCAGCCUGACAUUACCUAUGAGGAGGUUCCGGUACGGAUUCUCGACCGGAAGGAGCGUCAGUUGCGGAAUAAGACCAUCCGGCUGGUUAAAGUCGGAUGGCAGCAUCAUUCGGACGAGGAGGCUACUUGGGAGCUCGAGGAUACUAUCAGAGCUCGAUAUCCCCAU